AUGUCGCCUCUCGGCAUCACCUUCCAUCAUCUCCAACCAUCACCUCCAUCGUCUACAACCACCACCUUCAUCGUCUCCAACCAUCAUCUUCAUUGUCUCCAACCAUCAUCGCCUCAUAAGGAGUCAUUGAUGGUGUUGGAAGGGAGACCACCGGAGGUUGCGGGUUUCGCUGGGAAAUUGACGGGAAUAAGGAACAAUGAACAACGGGAGGAAGGGUUAGGUUUAGGGUGGAAGGAUUUUGACUUCGAUCGACAAAUCCAACUCAAAUUUCAACAAAACUAUCUGAAUUUAUCAAAGGUGUUGGUUCAGAUUGAAUUGAAUUGA